GCUCAGAGACUCACGCAGCCCCAGUCCCGCCAGUCCGCCAACACUGUAGUGCCGUCCCCCCUUCCUUCCCUGGCCCUUCCCCCUCCCUGGCUUUGGCUCGCUCCGCCUUUCUGCCCCCCACCCCCACCUCACGGGCACGGGCCAUUCCCGGCCAGGAAACGCCGUGGCGCCGCGUUGGGCCUAACUCGAGUCCUGCUGCCUCCCGGGAGUGCCGUGCGCCGCAGCCCGGGCCCAGGCCUGGGACAAGGUCUUCGGAACUACUGGCAGAUAAUUUUGGGGGACUUCCUAUUCAGAGGUCUAUAAAAAGGAUUCCUCAUGUCCAUAACAUGUUGGUUGAGGCUCUGCAGCUCACCCCCACUCUCAGAGUGGCCAGUCUCUGAUAAUUGGACCCCGUGAUUUCCACUCUCUGCUGUGUUGGACGUCAUGAGCAUUGCAAUCCCUCUGGGAGUCACCACACCAGAUACAUCCUACUCAGAUAUGGCUGCUGGAUCAGACCCUGAAUCUGUGGAGGCUAGUCCAGCAGUUAAUGAGAAGAGCGUGUAUUCCACUCAUAAUUAUGGGACCACUCAGAGACAUGGGUGUCGAGGACUGCCUUAUGCUACGAUCAUCCCCCGUUCUGACCUGAAUGGCCUGCCGUCGCCCGUAGAGGAACGCUGUGGAGACAGCCCGAACUCUGAAGGAGAGACUGUUCCUACCUGGUGUCCUUGUGGUCUUUCUCAGGAUGGCUUCCUUCUCAACUGUGACAAGUGCAGGGGAAUGAGCAGGGGGAAGGUUAUUAGACUUCAUCGGCGGAAGCAGGACAACAUAUCAGGUGGGGAUAGCAGUGCAACAGAAAGCUGGGAUGAGGAGCUUUCUCCUUCCACUGUGUUGUAUACAGCAACACAGCACACACCUACAAGCAUCACCUUAACUGUUAGAAGAACCAAACCCAAGAAGCGAAAAAAGAGUCCAGAAAAGGGUCGUGCAGCACCAAAGACGAAGAAAAUCAAGAAUUCUCCUUCUGAAGCACAGAAUUUAGAUGAGAAUACAACUGAGGGAUGGGAAAAUCGGAUAAGACUAUGGACUGAUCAGUAUGAAGAAGCCUUCACUAAUCAGUACAGUGCAGAUGUACAGAACGCCCUUGAACAACAUCUACAUUCUAGCAAGGAAUUUGUGGGCAAACCUGCUAUUUUAGACACUAUUAAUAAGACUGAAUUGGCCUGUAAUAAUACAGUUAUUGGUUCCCAAAUGCAGCUACAGUUGGGAAGAGUCACUCGUGUUCAGAAGCACCGAAAGAUCCUGAGGGCUGCAAGAGAUUUGGCUUUGGACACUCUUAUAAUAGAGUAUCGAGGCAAAGUCAUGUUACGGCAGCAAUUUGAGGUCAAUGGACAUUUCUUCAAAAAACCAUACCCCUUUGUGCUGUUCUACUCAAAAUUCAAUGGUGUAGAGAUGUGUGUGGAUGCACGUACUUUCGGUAAUGAUGCUCGGUUCAUCAGAAGAUCAUGUACACCAAAUGCAGAGGUGCGACACAUGAUUGCAGAUGGGAUGAUUCACCUCUGUAUCUAUGCUGUGUCUGCCAUCACCAAGGAUGCUGAGGUCACCAUAGCAUUUGACUAUGAGUACAGUAACUGUAAUUAUAAAGUGGACUGUGCAUGUCACAAGGGGAACCGGAAUUGCCCUAUACAGAAAAGGAAUCCCAAUGCUGCAGAACCGCCACUUCCACCUCCUCCAAGCCUACCCACCAUCGGAGCAGAGACAAGACGUAGAAAAGCACGACGGAAAGAGCUAGAGAUGGAGCAGCAGAAUGAGGCUCCAGAAGAGGAAAACAACCAGCAGCCAGAGCAAAUUCCUGAGAAAGUAAUUGUAUCCAGUGACCAUGAGGCAAUAGACAAUCCAGAAGAAAAAGCAGCAGAAGAGAAAGAAGAGAUUACAGAUGACCAGGAGAACCCAGCUCAUAGCAAGAGGACCCGGGAAGAUAGGAAGGUUGAAGCCAUCAUGCAUGCUUUUGAAAACUUAGAGAAAAGAAAGAAGCGGCGGGAUCAGCCCUUGGAACAGAGCAACUCUGACAUAGAGAUUACUACCACCACCUCAGAGACUCCUGUGGGAGAGGAGACAAAAACUGAAGCCCCUGAAUCUGAAGUUAGCAACACUGCUUCAAACAUUGCCAUCCCAAGCAACCCACAGAGUGUUGGAGUGAACACCCGGAGGUCUUCCCAAGCAGGGGAUGUUGCUGCCGAAAAACCAGUCCCCAAACCACCUCCAGCAAAGCCUUCUAGGCCCCGACCGAAGAGUCGAAUUUCUCGGUACCGGACCAGUUCAGCCCAAAGACUAAAGCGUCAGAAGCAGGCCAUUGCACAGCAGGCAGAGUUAUCACAAGCUGCCUUGGAAGAGGGGGGAAAUAACAGCUCAGUAACUCCUACUGAAGCUGGAAAUGUAGACAGUUCAGGAGAAAACAGGCAAUUAACAGGGUCUGACCCAACUGUGGUGUCAGUUACUGGAUCCCAUGUCAACCGUGCUGCAUCUAAAUACCCCAAAACCAAAAAGUAUCUAGUUACAGAGUGGUUGAAUGACAAAGCAGAGAAGCAAGAGUGCCCUGUUGAGUGCCCUUUACGUAUCACCACGGACCCAACUGUACUGGCAACGACCCUGAACAUGUUACCCGGUCUUAUCCAUUCCCCGUUAAUUUGCACCACCCCCAAACACUACAUUCGCUUUGGCUCACCCUUUAUCCCUGAGAGGCGUCGAAGGCCGCUUCUGCCUGAUGGCAUGUUCAGCUCCUGUAAAAAGCGCUGGAUAAAGCAAGCCUUGGAAGAAGGGAUGACCCAGACAUCAUCUGUACCCCAAGAGACUAGAACUCAGCACCUAUACCAAAGUAAUGAGAAUAGUAAUUCUUCUAGUAUCUGCAAAGACAAUGCAGACUUGUUGAGCCCAUUAAAGAAAUGGAAAUCUCGCUAUCUGAUGGAGCAGAAUGUUACCAAGUUACUGCGGCCUCUUUCUCCAGUCACACCACCCCCUCCCAAUCCAGGCUCAAAGAGCCCCCAGCUGACCACACCUGGCCCAUCUCACCCAGAAGAGGAGUGUCGAAAUGGAUACAGCCUCAUGUUCUCACCAGUCACGUCUCUUACUACUGCUAGUCGCUGCAAUACUCCUCUGCAAUUUGAGCUUUGUCACCGAAAAGACCUGGACUUGACAAAAGUAGGCUACCUUGACUCCAACACUAACAGCUGUGCUGACAGACCUUCCCUGAUCAGCUCGGGUCAUUCUGACCUGGCUCCUCAUCCCUCUGUCGGACCCACCUCUGAGACUGGCUUUACAAGCAGGAGUGGAGAUGGACAUCAGACCCUUGUGAGAAACUCGGACCAGACAUUUCGGACAGAGUUUAACUUGAUGUAUGCCUACUCCCCAUUGAACGCUAUGCCUCGAGCAGAUGGAUUGUAUCGAGGGUCUCCCCUAGUAGGGGAUAGGAAGCCUUUACAUUUGGAUGGGGGCUAUUGUUCCCCUGCAGAAGGGUUUCCCAGCAGAUAUGAGCAUGGUUUUAUGAAAGACCUCUCUCGUGGAUCCAUGUCACCUGGUGGCGAAAGGGCUUGUGAGGGACUCCCAUCUGCCCCCCAGAACCCACCACAGAGGAAAAAGGUAUCCCUGCUGGAGUACCGCAAACGGAAACAGGAAGCCAAGGAAAAUUCUGCUGGUGGGGGAGGUGACUCUACACAGAGCAAAAGCAAGUCUGCAGGAGCUGGGCAUGGCAGCAGUAACUCACUUUCUGACACUGGUGCCCAUGGUGUGCAGGGAUCCUCAGCCCGAACCCCAUCUUCCCCUCACAAAAAGUUCUCCCCAUCUCAUUCCUCUAUGUCUCAUUUGGAGGCCGUAAGCCCAUCGGAUUCCAGAGGCACUUCAUCUCACUGCAGACCUCAAGAGAGUAUCAGCAGUAGGUGGAUGGUUCCCACAUCAGUAGAACGACUCCGAGAAGGAGGGAGCAUCCCCAAGGUCCUCCGAAGCAGUGUGAGGGUGGCCCAAAAAGGAGAGCCUUCUCCCACGUGGGAGAGUAACAUCACAGAAAAAGACUCAGACCCUGCAGAUGGUGAAGGCCCAGAGACACUGAGCUCAGCACUCUCUAAAGGAGCAGCCGUUUACAGCCCUUCCAGAUACAGCUACCAGCUCCUGCAGUGUGAUAGUCCACGGACAGAAUCACAAAGCCUCCUUCAACAGAGUUCCUCCCCCUUUAGAGGACAUCCCACCCAGUCUCCGGGAUACAGUUAUCGAACUACUGCACUGAGACCUGGGAACCCCCCUUCUCAUGGUUCUUCAGAAUCCUCCCUCUCUUCCACGUCCUAUUCCAGCCCUGCCCACCCUGUGUCCACAGACUCGUUGGCCCCAUUUACGGGGACACCAGGGUAUUAUAGCAGCCAGCCACAUUCUGGAAACAGCACCGGCAGCAGUCUUCCAAGGAGGAGCUGCCCUUCUAGUGCUGCUAGCCCUACCCCGCAGGGCCCCUCAGACUCGCCGACCUCAGACCCGGUUUCCCAGUCCAGCACAGGAACUCUGAGUUCCACCUCCUUUCCUCAGAACUCUAGGUCGUCAUUGCCAUCAGACUUCCGGACUAUCAGUCUGCCCAGUGCUGGGCAGUCAGCUGCCUAUCAGGCCUCCAGGGUAUCUGCGGUUUCCAAUUCACAGCACUACCCACAUCGAGGGAGUGGGGGUGUGCACCAGUACCGGCUCCAGCCACUGCAGGGGUCAGGGGUCAAGACUCAGACAGGACUUUCCUAGGGCUUCUGGAUUUGGGCAGACAGAACUUGAAUGAGCCCAUAGCUGCUUCCUUCCAGCUGCCUCUGGAACCUAGGCCGAGCAUAUUGCUGGGGGAGGGGGUACAAGGUGCCAGAGGAUUGGGUCUGGUCAACAAGAAACAAGACUUGUGGUCGUGACUGGCUCUGGCCUUGGAGAAAGAUGUAAAUCUUGUCUGAAGCAGAGACUAUAAAGAAGUUUCUCCCUGCUGUUAAGGGUACAUUGUUGACAAGCAAAUGGUGUUUCGGUUAGUAAUGGUUCUAAGUGCAAUGAGUUGUGUUGAAGCCUCCGUCUCCCAUCCUUGCCUGUAUCCUGUAGUCACUUGUGCAGUGAGAACAUCUUUUUAAAU